AUGGCGUCCGCCGCGCGGGCUCUGGGCGCGCUCCUCCACAGGGCCUCUUCGUUUUCGUCCUCCGCCUCUGCUCUCAGGAGCGCCUCCCUUGUACACAGUAGGAGUGACCCAACUGGUGGCGCCAGCUUGUUCCAGGGGCACGUGGCUAGGCGGAGGAUUUGGACGUUCCAGCCGCUCUGCAUGGGGCGGCGCUCCUGCAAGAUCGCCGGGAGGAAGGGUGCUCAGAAUUUGAAAAAGAUGAAGCGCAACAGCAAAAUCGGAAAAGAAAUCGUUGCUGCCAUCAAGAAGGGCGGUCCAAGUCCUUCAUCCAACACAGCUUUAGCAGCGCUACUAGAGAAAGUAAGAGAGCUUGAUGUCCCCAAGGAAGUUGUUGAGCGUAACAUCAAAAGAGCUUCAGAGAAGGGUCAGGAUACUUACACAGAAAAGAUUUAUGAGGUCUAUGGUUUUGGUGGAGUAGGCAUGGUCGUCGAGGUCCUUACAGACAAAAUUACAAGAUCUAUUGCGGAUAUUAGAAAUGUUGUAAAAGACUGUGGAGCAAAAUUGGCUGAUUCUGGGUCUGUUACAUUCAGAUUCAGACAAGCUCGAGUGGUUAACAUAAAAGUUACAGAUGCUGAUAAGGACCAACUACUCUCGGUUGCUUUGGAUGCUGGUGCUGAUGAUGUUAUUGAACCAAAUUUUGAUGAUGAAGAUGACUCUGAAGAAGAGAGCACAGACUGCUCUUACAAUUGCUCUCUUUCUUUCAGAUUUUACAAGAUAGUUACUACAUCUGAAAACUAUCCUGUUGUGCUAUCAAAGCUACAAGAGGAAGGACUGAAAUUUGAAACGGAUAAUGGUUAUGAACUGCUGCCUCUCAAUCCGAUUGAGGUGGAUGACGAGGCCAUGGAACUUAACAAGGACCUUGUAUUGAAGUUGCUUGAAUUGGAUGAUGUUGAUGCUGUCUACACAGACCAGAAGUGA